AUGGCUUCUGAAAACUCACAACAACCUCCUUCUGUUUGGACUGAAGAUGAAAUUGAACAAAAGAUUAAUGAAAGAGCAGAAGAAUUAUUUCAAGCAAUGAUUAAAGAACAAAAUAGGAGAAAUAAAAAUUAUUAUCAAAAACCACUUACGUCAUAUUAUUAUCACCACGAACAAAAAAAAGAACAAAGGCAUAGAGACUGUAAUAAAUUGAAUAAUAAAAAGAAAAUUGUUCAAUUAUUUAAUGCCAGUUGUUUCAAUUUAAAAAUUUCUAUAAGAUGUGACCUCUGCUGCAAGAGAAGAUAUUUCUUUUUUUUUUUGAGACCUAAUUUAAUUCACUUGAAAAAAAUUGAUAAUUAUUCGAUGAUGAUUGUUGGUAAAUAUUUUAAAACAAAAAAUGAUUAUAUUAAUUUAAUAAUGACAAAUUCAAGGUUUAAAAGAUUUAAUGAAAUGUAUUUAUUUAAUCCUAUUUCUAUUUCAUCUCUUAAUCUUUUUCCUUCCAUUAAAACAUUAUUUCUUUUUAACCAAAAUGAUGUUAAUGAAUAUUUAAUGAAACAAGUAAAGAAUAUUGUUAUUUCUUUUAAAAUUAGUUAUUCACAAUACCUUUAUUAUAAACGUUUUUAUUCAUCCAUUUCUUUUAAGAAUAUAAGUUAUACUGAAGAAGAUUGUUUUAAAUUUGGUAAAACAUUAAAAGACUCAUGUCAUUCAUUGGAAAAUGAUAGCCUUGAAUAUUAUAAUUCACAAAUAAUAUCUUUUGGUUCUACUCUAAGAAAUAUUGGCUCUAAUUCACUUUCUAAAUGUCCUUAUUUAAAAGAAUUAAAUCUUCCAAGUACUAUUCUUACACUCAAUACACAUUGUUUUUCUUGUAAUUACCAAUUAACUUCAGUUACAAUCUCUGCACUUAUCAAAGAACUUCCUUCAUAUUGUUUCUUUAAAUGUACUUCACUUCAACAAUUAUUCUUCUAUCCAAAAUCAAACUCUUUUGCAAUUACCCAAUUUAACAAUUCUUGUUUUGAACAAUGUAUUAAUUUGAGUAUAUUAGAAAUACCUUCUAGUAUUACAAAAAUAGGUUCUUGUUGUUUUUUCAAUUGUUAUUCACUUACUAUGUUAAAAAUACCUAAAGUCGAUUCUGAUUAUAUCUCUAAUACAAUAAUUCUUCAUAAAUCAAAUGAGCAACACUCUAAUUAA